CUUCCUGUGGUUGCCGAACGAACACACACACAUAGGGAAGGGACGGUGUAGCGAGGCACGAAGCUCCGUGCGUUGAUGUAACGGAGCUGGCCGCCAGCUGCUGUAAAUGCGUUUUGUUUAUGAAUGCUUUCGCUGCUAGCACCGUCGCCCGUUUUCUCCCCACUCGGCGGGGCAGCAGCUGCUACGAGCCUCACUGGCCGCAGAUAGCGUCUGUGGAGCCGGCCAUGGCCAUGGUAUAGCCGGGGCCCAGAGGACUUGCUUUGCAACUGGGAAAUUCAUUGUUGAUACCGAGAUCGCAUCGCAGAGGAACCUCUCGCAGCUGGCAGAGGGGUAGUCGAUAUUUUGUUGCAAUUCCGGAAACCUAGCUCGUGUAGCGUUUAGGCCACACCAACCUAUACAAUCUGGUCAUUCUAGCGGGAGUUUGGAUGUUUCGUUUCAGCUGACCAAGAUAUGGCUGUUCUUAAACUCGUUGAUCAGCCUCCUCUAGUCCAGGCCAUUUUCAAUGGCGACCCUGAGGAGAUUCGCAUGCUCAUCUACAAGUCUGAGGACAUCAAUGCUCUGGACGCAGAGAAGCGAACGCCGCUCCACGCUGCGGCUUUUGUCGGCGAUGCAGAGAUCACAGAACUGCUCAUCCUGUCUGGAGCACGGGUCAAUGCCAAAGACAACAUGUGGCUCACUCCUCUCCACAGGGCUGUGGCAUCCCGUAGUGAGGAGGCCGUGCGGGUCCUGAUCCGCCACUCUGCUGACGUGAAUGCCCGCGACAAGAACUGGCAGACACCGCUGCACGUCGCUGCCGCCAACAAAGCGCUCCGCUGCGCUGAGGUCAUCAUCCCGCUGCUGAGCAGCGUCAACGUGUCGGACCGCGGGGGUCGCACUGCCCUGCACCACGCCGCUCUCAACGGCCACACCGAGAUGGUGAGCCUGCUGCUAGCUAAAGGCGCCAACAUAAAUGCCUUUGAUAAGAAAGAUGGCCGUGCACUUCACUGGGCUGCAUACAUGGGUCACCUGGACGUGGUGUGUCUGCUGGUGAGCCAAGGCGCGGAGAUAAGCUGCAAGGACAAGCGAGGCUACUCCCCCCUCCACGCUGCCGCCUCCAACGGUCAGAUCGCCGUGGUCAAGCACCUGCUCAACCUGGCCGUGGAGAACGCGCCUCUCCCCGCGACCCUGGACGACACGCAGAUCGACGAGGCCAACGCGUUCGGCAACACGGCGCUGCACGUGGCCUGCUUCAACGGGCAGGACGCGGUGGUGAGCGAGCUCAUCGACUACGGCGCCAACGUGAGCCAGCCCAACAACAAGGGCUUCACGCCGCUGCACUUCGCCGCCGCAUCCACGCACGGAGCCCUCUGCCUGGAGUUCCUGGUCAACAACGGAGCCGACGUCAACGUACAGAGUCGUGAUGGGAAGAGUCCUCUCCACAUGACUGCUGUUCACGGGCGCUUCACGCGCUCCCAGACUCUCAUCCAGAACGGCGGGGAGAUAGACUGCAUGGACAAGGAUGGAAAUACUCCUCUGCACAUUGCUGCCCGCUUCGGCCAUGAACUCCUGAUCAACACACUCAUCACCAGUGGAGCUGACAUCACCAGGCGAGGGGUGCACGGGAUGUUCCCCUUACACCUGGCGGCGCUCAACGCCCACGCUGACUGCUGCCGGAAGCUUCUCUCCUCAGGGCGGAGGUAUAGCAUAAUGUGCCCCCUCAGUAAUGACUCGGUCCUGUCUGCAGGCUUCCAGAUAGACACCCCCGACAGCCUGGGGAGGACCUGUCUGCACGCAGCGGCAGCUGGGGGUAAUGUAGAGUGUGUGAAGUUGCUCCUCAGUAGCGGUGCUGAUCACAACCGGCGAGAUAACUGCGGCAGGACCCCUCUCCACUAUGCAGCUGCCAAUCGUCACUUCCAGUGCCUGGAGACUCUGGUGUCGUGUGGCACCUGCAUCAACGCCACUGACCAGUGGGGGCGCUCUCCCCUGCAUUACGCGGCUGCCUCUGACCUUGACAGGAGAUGUAUGGCUCGUCACAGUGUUUUGGUCCGACCUACAAGAACCCACAACAGCAGCAGGCGCCGUGUCGUGUUAGAACCAGAGAGUGACGGGGUCCAAGCUGAGAAGGAGAAAGAGGCUGCACUGUGCCUAGAGUUCCUGUUGCAGAGUGGUGCUACGGCGUCCCUGAAGGACAAACAGGGCUACAGUCCAGUCCACUAUGCUGCGGCUUACGGCCACAGAAACUGUCUGAAGUUGCUUCUGGACCGUGAUGAGAACCACGAGGAAGACACGGACGCCUCGGCAUCACGGAGUCCCCUACACCUGGCCGCAUAUCACGGGCACGCGCAGGCUCUGGAGGUGCUGUUGGAGCGUCCGUGCGAGGUGGACCAGAGGAACGAUCUGGGCCGGACGCCGCUGGCCCUGGCAGCCCUGCGGGGUCACACCGACUGCGCCCUCACUCUGCUCAGCCACGGCGCCUCGCCCAGGAGCACCGACACGCCCCGCGGCCGCAUGCCCAUACACCUAGCAGUGAUGAAUGGACACACAUCCUGUGUGCGCCUCCUGCUGGAGGACUCUGAUAACGCAGACCUGGUGGAUGCGACCGACUCUCAGGGACAGACCCCUCUGAUGCUGGCCGUGGCAGGGGGACAUGUUGACGCCGUGUCUCUGCUGCUGGAGCGGGAGGCAGGAGUGGACCUAGCCGACAACCAGGGCCUCACUGCUCUCCACCUGGGGUUGCUGAGCGGUCAGGAGGAGUGUGUCCAGUGUCUGCUGGAGCAGGAGGCGUCGGUGCUGCUGGGCGACUCCCGGGGCCGCACGGCGCUGCACCUGGCGGCGGCGCGAGGCCACGCCUCCUGGCUGAGCGAGCUGCUGAGCAUCGCCUGCGCCGAGCCGCCCCUCCCCCAGCCCUCCGCCUUCCGCGAUCACCACGGAUACACGCCCCUGCACUGGGCCUGCUACAACGGCCAUGAAAGCUGUGUGGAGGUGCUGCUGGAGCAGAAAGGCUUCCGUAGUUUCGAUGGGAACCCCUUCACUCCUCUCCACUGUGCUGUGCUAAAUGACCAUGAGCCAUGCGCUACUCUGCUCCUGGAGGCUAUGGGCUCCGACAUCGUCAGCUGUCUGGACGCUAAGGGCCGGACUCCUCUCCAUGCGGCUGCGUUUGCGGGGCAUGUCGACUGUGUCCAGCUGCUCCUGGCCCAUGAAGCUCCUGUGGACGCCGUGGACCAAUCAGGACUCAGCGCUCUGAUGAUGGCGGCGGAGAGGGGCAGGGUUGGUGCCGUAGAGGCUCUGCUGACGAGCGUGAAGGCCAACCUCAGCCUGACGGACCGGAGUGGGAACACAGCACUCCACCUGGCCUGCAGCAAGGGAAGGGAGGACUGUGCACUGUUUAUACUGGAGAAGCUGACGGAACCCUCCCUCAUCAGUGCCACUAAUACUGCCCUGCAGACGCCUCUCCACCAGGCAGCGCGCAGUGGUCUGAAGCAGGUGGUCCAGGCGCUGCUGUCCCGGGGGGCUAGUGUGGAGGUUCUGGACGAGAACGGUCUCACUCCUGCUCUGGCUUGCGCUCCAAGCAGAGAGGUAGCCGACUGCCUGGCACUCAUUCUGGCUACCAUGAUGCCUUUCUGCUCCCCUUGUAGUUCCGGAGCCCCCUCCCCAGGUGCACUCCUGAGGAUGCUGCCGCUGCCCACCAAAGCUGGCCACCAGGGGGCGCAACGCAGCCCACGCAACCGCUCCGCUGGACCCUCCAGCGAGGGCACGACGGAGAACGACUCCGACUCGGAAACCUUUUGACCUCCGGAAACCCUCAACACCCCCCCCUCCCCCAACCCUUAACAACAAUAUCAACAAGAAGUACCAAUCCAGACCCUUGUUCCCCACUCUGUGUGGUUUUUUUUUACGUCACUUGCCUCUUACGUUAAUUUUAAAAGUGUGCAGGAUGAGUAGUUUGGUUUUCAUUUCUGUUUGAGGCAAGAUAGAACACGGUACAAUCCAGUUUGAUAACAUCUAGUUUUUUUUUUUUCAAAGACAUUAAAUGUUUUUAUUUUUUUGAGUGAAAAAGAGAGAUGUAGAUUGUGAAGAAAGUUGUAGAAAAAAUGAGUGAACUUAACCAAAUAUUGACAUUUGCCAACAUAUUACCACAUGCAGUGAAUACUGGGCAUGGUUUGAUUUGCCAUGUUUCUUCUAGCUUGUGGAUUGUCUAAGCACAAUAUCAACUAGAUUUUUAUUCAUCGGACCAGAGCUAACAAAACCAUGUGUUUGUGCAAAAUUUGUACCUGUUUUUUUUUUUUUUUCUCAGGGUAACGAAAGCUUAUAAUUUUCACACGGAUUAAAAAAGGAAACAUCAAGGUGAUGAUCAAAAUGAUAUGAAGGAGAAAAAAAAAGCUGUUUAGCACAUCAAGAAAAAAAAAAUGGUGCAAAUAUCAACUGGGUGUCAAAGCUUGAUCUGACUAGAUCAUGGGUAGCGAACGGCGUCCGCCUCAAGAUAUCCUCACCUUUAGUCUUCAUCAGGGACCGUUGAGAGAUGCAGUGGAACAUAGACAGGUUUAUUAUCCUCCUUAGGACUGUGUGUUAACGAGGGCCCGAACCAGGCCUGUAUUUCAUGAUGUGCUCUGCUGUCCUGUCCUGCCAGACCUCCGUCAAGUACUUCAACAUCAACAAGUAUUUUAGCACUUAAAAAAAAAAUGUUGACAAUUCAUUUUGUAUGAAAUGUAAGAUGUUUUUUUUUGUAUAAACUGGCAAUACUUGUAACUAUCAAGCCAAUCUGACACAGGUCCUGCUACUGUAAAGGAUACAGUAUGUUUGUAUAAUCAAGUGUCAAAUGCCCCCCCCAGCCUGGCUCUUGGGGAGCUGGCACGGAUCCGGCCCGUGUCUGGGCCUACAGUCUGGCGAGUGACUUUUGAGGCUCCGUGAAUCCCUUAGUCGCUAAAAACACUCCUCUGUCCACUGACAGUGUUAUAACUAGUUACACAACUAGCUCACAUUAUGCAGGUCGACUCUCUGUCGUGAGUCUGGUGUGAAGUGAAGGUACUCUUAAGGGACCACUUGAAUGCAGAUUCCUUAACGUUACACAAUGGUACAACAACUGCCGGCUCUUCAGCGCGAGGAGGAGGAGGGCGGUGAAGGGUUGAAACGGGAACGCGUGUGUGACCGAGACCUCAGCUACUCCCUCAUCAUGCUCUCCUCCCUCUCGUCCCGUGUCUGUCUUAAUUCUGGUCAUUCCUUGGUCGUCAAUGGGAACGUCUUAAAACUUGUCCAGUGCCUUGUUAUAUUGAUUUUGUACUUUAGUUCAUGUACUUGGAAAGAGAGCGAGAGAGAGAGAGAGAGAAAUAUUUGAGCUUUCCUUUACCUGACUGAGGUGUUGUUAAUGCAAUGUGAAGAGGAGAAAUAAGAGCUGGCAUGAUUUAAGAUUGGCCCACUCAGUUUGUCAAGUCAAUCAGCUGAAACUCGCCUUACUAUAUCGGCAUGUUUUCUAUGUCAAGUGAUGUGUGCCAACGUGUGUGUGUAUGAGUGCAAUACACCUUACAGAGCUAGGUUAUUUUCUGUGUGCUUGUGUGUGUGUGUGUGUGUGUGUGUGUGUAUGCGAUAUGUGUGUAAAAAUGUUGUAUUUUCACUCUUAAACCCCUUUCUCUUGCACAGAUUGAAAUACCACUUAUCCUUUUUUUAUAGCAAAAAGCACAGAAGUUGUUACAAAUUUGAUAAGAUAAAUAUGAUGAAUAUGACAUGUUGAGUUUAUGAAGUGGUGUGAUGCAGAUACUGAGUGCGGGUGGAACUAGCAGUAUUAUACCAGAGAAAGCUUUUUUUCUUUUUGCCAUUUGUGACAAUCUUGUGUGUACCAGAUGUUCAUGCCAGUUCCUGAUGCAGUACCAAAAUGCUGAGGGCUGUUUGUCAGCUGAGGUUUGUGUUUUAUAAGUAUAUAAUGAUAUUAAAAUUUGAUUGAACUAAAUGUCUGUCUUUGACCAAAUGUCUGGCUGCUGCUGACGUGUUUCAUCCUGGAAUGUCUUCCCAGCUUUGUCAGGACACGCUCUUUUUGCUAGUCAGGGAGAGCUGCUCCAGCUCUGUCAACAGUUGGAAGAUUUUGCAUAAAGCUGCAAAGCUAUCGCCAGUUUAAUGCAAAUUUGAGAUCACUCCAUUCAGCAGGUGUCAUAACUAAUAUACUUUUUAUAUUAGUCAGUCUUGCAUGACUGAAUGUGACCAUGUGAAUUUGAUUACGAACCAUCACUGUGUAGAAAAU